AUGUCGACCUUUGCAAAAUGCACAUCAGUGACGCCCCUUUGUCCGGUCGAAGCGACGACAUAUGGCUAUUACCCAGAUCUCGGCGGCAACGUCGCACUCUGUGUGGUCUUUGGGCUGGUCUUGAUCGCCCAAUUGAUCAUUGGCUUCUCUUCAAGGAUACUUGGGUACUCGAUUGUUAUCGCCUGCGGCAGUCUGCUCGAGUGCGUCGGAUAUAUUGGCCGACUCAAGAUGCAUCAUAAUCCCUGGGACAUGUCUGGUUUUCAGAUGCAGAUUGUCUGUCUCAUUAUCGGUCCCUCGUUUACCGCAGCUGGCGUAUAUCUGACCUUGAAGCACUUUGUCUACCACAAUGGGCCAGAAUAUUCUCGCAUCAAACCUGCGCAGUACCCAUGGAUCUUUGUCUGUUGCGACGCCGGAUCAAUCAUUCUGCAGGCUGCUGGUGGCGGUGUUGCAGGUGCUGCAGGGAAAAAGAAUCCUGACUUGUUGAACACUGGAAACAACAUCAUGAUAGCUGGUAUUGCAUUCCAGGUGGCAACAAUGACGAUUUGCGGUUUACUUUCCAUCGACUACGUUAUCAGGCUACUUCGCCAUCGGAACCAUCGACAUGACGAGCCGAACACCCAAAAGUACAACAAGAUGAAUAAACGAGCACAUCUCUUCCACAUCGUGGUUGGUUUUGCAUAUGUCACCAUAUUGAUACGAUCCAUUUAUAGAAUACCUGAAAUGGCUGGUGGAUGGGGUAAUGAGAUGAUGAGGAACGAAAAGGAGUUUCUGUUACUGGACGGUUUGAUGAUUGCGUUAGCUUCCAUUGCGCUGACAUUGUUCCAUCCAGCCUUUUUCUACCCCAUCAUAAAGGGCGAGAAGGUCGUCAUGGAGGAACACAUUCAACUCUAA